AUCGAAGCAUGGAGCAAAAGCACGAUCGCAAAGGGUGCCAAAUCUGCGGAAAACUACGCGCAAAAUACAGCUGUCCCAAGUGCCACAUUGCCUACUGCUCCCUGGCAUGUUACCGCGACCAGAGGCACUCUGAGUGCACAGAGUCGUUCUAUCAGGCGCAAGUUGCCGACGAGCUCAAGACCCGCCAGGCAGACGACGAUGUCAAGAAGAAGAUGCAUGAGCUUUUGCAGCAAUACCACCAAGGAACAUUGGAGGACGCAGACAGCGACGAGCAGGAGGGGGAGGAUAUCGCAGAGAGGAUGGAAGGACUGAAUUUGGAUAAUGCCUCGGUUGAUGAUAUCUGGAAGCGAAUGAGUGAGGACGAGCGACAGGAGUUUCUCAAGCUUGUCGACCAAGGCGAUCUGGCGAACGUGCUACCAGCAUGGGUUCCUUGGUGGCAGCAGAGCGAUAAGCCUGGUGUCGUUGAAGUUGGCCAAGACGAUUAUCAGGUUACUGCCACUAUCCCUGAAAUAUCAGAAUGUGCUGUGCCUGUGCAGUCGCUGGCCAAAAAGGUCCACCCCAGUGUCCUGUACCAGAUAGCACAGCUAGCGCUUGCAUAUGCGUACAUGAUGCGCCAUCUCAACGGAGACUCACGCGGCAAGAAUAUCGCUGAUGCAUUCCAGGACCUGGUAACGGUAUCGCCGCUGCUUUCCAGCAAAGAGGCAGAUAUCUACACUAAUGCGCACGAGGCGCUGGUUGUUGGACUCUGCAAUAUCGAUGAGGGCAUGCCGUGCAGCAAGAAAUGCGCCAUGCUCGACGACGUGCUCAGCAUGUACUUGGGCCCUAGGUACAUUGCCUCCAUGGUGUCCGAUACCCAUGCUCUCCUAGGCACUCUACUGGCCAUGCCUUCUGUAGAUCGGGGCCAUCUAAAGAAGGCACAUAUUCAUAGAGCUGAGCGACGGGUGUUUUUUCUGCUCUGUGUUGUGCUGCAGAUGUCUACAGAGACUGAGCCCUGGGAGUUCAUGGCUGCAGAGGUUGCGAUGCUGCAGAGACGAUUCCGCAGCGAGGACGAAGCUAGCAAGCAAAACCCGAACAGGGAAGAUGCUGCUGCUGAUGUAAAGGUGCCGUCGAUUAG